AUGAAUAGACGACAGUCGGCUGUUUGGCCAACAAAAGUCAUCCGUUCUCGAAGUGUUUCGAAAAAGGUGGUCGCGUCAUUUGUGUCAAAAACGGGUCAUAUUGCAACAAUUCCUCUUAAUGAGCAAAGAACUGUUACUGCGGAUUGGUAUACCACCAUUUGUUUGCCAAAAGUCAUCACCGAGCUUCGAAAAAUCAACCCCGAAAGAAGAAUCAUCCUCCACCAAGACAAUGCAAGCUCGCACACAGCCCAAAAAACAAGGCAGUAUUUAACGGAAGAAAACGUGGAAUUAUUGGACCAUCCUCCAUAUAGUCCCGAUCUAAGUCCUAACGAUUUCUUUACUUUCCCGAAAAUUAAAAACAGACUGCGUGAUCAAAGGUUUCAGUCACCAGAAGAAGCAGUUGACGCAUUAAAAAAUGCCGUUUUGGAUCUGCCAGCAAACGAGUGGAAUAAGUGCUUCGAAAAUUGGUGGGCUAAAGAACAUAGACAAUGGGCACCUCAACAAUGGUGUGCAAUACAAUGGAGUGAUGAGGCCCGAUUCGAAGUUUUUGUUGAAGAAUCGCUUUUACCAGUGAUGGAAGAAUGUUUGAUAUCCGGCCAAGAUUUUGUGUUUCAGCAAGAUGGUGCAGCGUGCCAUACCUCAAAAAAGGCUAUAAAAUGGGUGGAAGAACAUCAUGUACCACUUUUGAAAUGA